CUGCCCGCCAUGGACGACCGCAUGUCCUCCUUCAUCGUCGGCGCAAACUACGAGGUCCUCGAUGUCAUCGGCGAGGGGGCCUACGGCAUCGUCUGCUCCGCCGUGCAUGUCCCAUCCCAGCGCAAGGUGGCGAUCAAGCGCAUCACCCCCUUUGACCACUCCAUGUUCUGUCUCCGCACCCUCCGUGAAAUCAAACUCCUCCGCCACUUCCACCACGAGAACAUCAUCUCAAUACUCGACAUCCUCCGGCCCCCCAACCUCGAUGACUUCAAGGAGGUCUACCUCGUCCAGGAGCUCAUGGAGACCGACCUCCACCGCGUCAUCCGCACCCAGCAGCUCUCCGACGACCACUGCCAGUACUUCAUCUACCAGACCCUUCGCGCGCUCAAGGCGCUGCACUCGGCCGACGUCCUCCACCGCGACUUAAAGCCCUCUAACCUGCUUCUGAACGCGAACUGCGACCUCAAGCUUUGCGACUUCGGACUUGCCCGUUCGGCACGUCCGCCACCGAAUGUUGCCAACGACAGCAGCACGUUCAUGACCGAAUAUGUCGCGACAAGGUGGUACCGUGCGCCCGAGGUCAUGCUCACGUUCAAGGAGUACACCCGCGCGAUCGAUAUCUGGUCCGUCGGCUGCGUGCUCGCAGAGAUGCUGAGCGGCAAGCCGCUCUUCCCCGGGCGCGACUAUCACCAUCAGCUGUCGAUCAUCCUGGACAUCCUGGGGACGCCGUCGCUGGACGACUUCUACGCGAUCACCUCGCAGCGGUCGCGCGAGUACAUCCGCGCGCUCCCGUUUCGGAAGAAGAAGCCGCUGGGCACGCUAUUCCCGACUGCCAAUCCGCUGGCGAUUGAUCUGAUGGAGAAGUGCUUGACGUUCAGUCCGAAGAGGCGGAUUGAGGUCGAGGACGCGCUGAAGCACCCAUACUUGGAGGCGUACCACGACCCGCAGGACGAGCCCACGGCUGAGCCGCUGGACCCGAGCUUCUUCGACUUUGACAACGGCGAUCCUCUGGGCAAGGAGCAGCUGAAAGUGAUGAUCUACGAGGAGGUGACGAAGCCGCGGCCGAUGCCUCCUGCGCAGGCAGCGCAGUGACGAAACUAACGAGCGAAGCGAAUGUGAAAGGGAAGAAUAUACCCCGGGCGAUUGUGUAUUUUGGCGAAUUACAGCGAAUGCUUGCGAGUCUGGAAUGAAUACAAGGAGACCCGUGCUGUAUACAUGUAUCAAGUAUAAUUCAAUCCUCUGACGUCAUGCC